AUGGACUCUACCUUCGACGAAGAAGUCGAUGAAGGAGACGUGUGGACGCCUCUGCAACUUGCAUCAUCAAGUGGAGAUCUUGCAGCUGUUGAGGCUUUGCUAAUAGCUGGCCAUGAUCCGAAUGAGCUUCCGAGGGGCUUCUACGGGCGAACAGCUCUUCAGGCUGCAGCAGUCGACGGGCAUAUUCCUGUUGUCAAGCAUCUCCUCAAGGCUGGAGCCAGUCCAAAUGCGCCAGGCGGAAACAAUGGUGGUAUACCGGCAUUGGCACUCGCGGCCAGAUCUGGCCACAUGUCUAUUGUUCAAUUGCUCAUUGAAGCCGGUGCCGAUCUCAACGCAUCACCUCAUAGAUACAUGGGUCGGACAACGCUGCAGGCUUCCGCAGAGAACGGACAUUUGGAGAUCGUGGAGUUGCUCUUGAGUCGAGGUGCUGAUGUCAACGCAUCUAUGGCACACCACUUUGGUCGUACAGCACUCCAAGCAGCUUCAGCCGGAGGACAUGGCGCCGUCGUAGAGUGCCUGCUUGAAUGUGGCGCAGACGUGAAUGCCCCAGCUUCGAAGUACAGAGGGCUAACGGCGCUUCAAGGGGCGUGCAGCUGCGGAGAUGUCGCUAUAGUGAGAAAGCUUCUUGAAGAAGGUGCAGAAGUCAACGCUGCCGCGAGCUACUACAAUGGCGUGACUGCUUUGGCUGCUGCAUCAGCGUCAGGCAAUCUGGAGAUACUUGAAGUGUUGCUGCGAGCUGGUGCAGAUGUCAGCCAACCGUCUGGAAAUAAACAUCAAAUUGCAUUGGAGAUAGCGGUUGCAAAUGACCAUGCCGAGCUUGCGAGCCUCCUGACGCCAAAGCGCCCAGUGGACGAUGGAGGAGAUGAUGGGAACGACAAGUAA